UACAUUUUGUCCGAACCGGCAUUCGAUUAUUUACGCACCAAAGAAACCCUGAGUUAUCACGUGUAUCUUCGUGCAUGGCGUUCCUCUCCCGACGGCAAUUUACGCUCCGGUAUCUCUGUGGUAGCAUGUAGUCAAGCGAACAAUUUUUCCGCCUCGCAUGUUGCCGGUCGCUUGACCGCGUUCUGGUAUCGAAUCGCACCGCAUCUGCUUGCUGGGAUUCGACAAGAUGCAUUCCAAACUGCGGUAGACUCAUUGAUCACGAUCAAACAAUUGGAAGAUCCGAACAUGCUGACCGAAGUGGACCGAAACUGGGAAGAAAUUCUUUUGGGGGAGGCCAUGUUCAAUCGGCGAGAGGCUUCGGUAAGUUUUCGGGGAGUUUCAUAG